AUGACUGAUACUACCAUCGCCCCCGCCCCCCAGGCUAUCAUCGAGACCAAGGUCGAGACCGUCGAGGUCAACGAGUCGUCCUCCACAUCCUCAGAAGCCAUCAUCGCCGCCGUCAAGGAGACUACCAUCGCGACCUCCCACCAGCACGAGUCCUCUUCAACUGUUGAGGAACGCUUCUCGGAACUCUCGCUCUCCAUCACCUCGUCCGAGUCUGUCCAUGUCGCCACCGAAGAGUCGACCGCUAUUGCCGUUGGUGCCGUCACCGUGACCUCCGAGGCCAAGAAGGAAAAGAAGCUCAAGGAGAAGAAGGAUAAGGUUUUUGGUUCCGGGUCCGAGUCUGGGUCGUCGUCUGGUUCCGAGAGCGAGAAGGACGAGGAAAAGAAAAAAGACAAGCUGGAAAAGAAGGUCAAGAAGGAAAAGAAGAUUAAGGAGAAGAAGGUCAAAAAGGAUGAUGACGGUAAGGACUCUGGGUCCGAGUCCGAGUCUGAGAACGACGAGGACAAGAAGAAGAAGAAGGAGGAGAAGAAGUUGAAGAAGGAGGCUAAGAAGCUGGAGGAGAGGUUGAAGGAGAAGAAGAAGGAGGAGAAGAAGAAAGCCAAGGCAGAGAAUAAGCUCAAGGAGAAGAAGGAGAAGAAGGACAAGAAGGAGUCUGGUUCAGAUUCCGAGUCUGGUUCUGACAAGGAGGACGACAAGGAGAAGAAGGAGAAGAAGGAGAAGAAGGAGAAGGAGAAGAAGGAGAAGAAGGACAAGAAGAAGGAGUCUGGUUCAGAUUCCGAGUCUGGUUCUGACAAGGAGGACGACAAGGAGAAGAAGGAGAAGAAGGAGAAGAAGAAGGCUGAGAAGGAGGCCAAGAAGGCUGCCAAAGAAGCCGAGAAGGUCGCCAAGAAGGCCGAGAAAGAAGCCAAGAAGGCUGCCAAGGCUGCCGCUGCUACUGGUAUUACCACUACUACCGCUACCACGGAGGCUAAGGAUGUCAAGACCGAGACGUCUGAGGUCAAGACGAAGACUAUCCUCGAUGAGCUCAGCUCGGACGACGAGUCGGAUGAGGACUUCAAGCCAAACUCGGACUCGGAGAGCGACAGUGGAAGUGACAGCGACAGCGACUCUUCUUCCUCCUCCUCCUCUUCUUCCUCCUCCUCUUCUUCUUCCAGCUCAAGCUCCUCCUCUUCGUCUUCCUCCAGCAGCAGCGAGAGCGACUCGGACUCGGACUCGGACUCUGGCUCUGACAUGGAGGGCAAGAUUGACAAGGAAGAGGUCGAGAAGUUGGCCAAGGAGGCUGUCGAGAUUGGCGCUGGUCUGGAUCAGGACCACAAAGUUUUGCGCACUGGCAAGGUGAUCGAGGUCGAGUCGUCAAGCUCCACUACCGAGGGUGCUGCUGCUGUUGUCUUGGAGUCGGUCACCCAGGAGACGGUUGUCAAGGCCGAGAUCUUUGAAGAGACCACGAUCUCUGCCGGCGUUGUGACCGGCAAGGUUCUCAAGUCUGAGGUCAUUGUUGAGGAAACUAUUGUCACCCCCUCCAACGCCAAGCUCGUCUCUGAGCCCUAA